GCAUGGUGCCGCAGCCGCCAGCGGUCACUGUGCUCCGAGGCCCGCGCAAACCCCACUGGUGCUGCGGGCAAUGCGGGCGCGCGGAGAACUGGGCGUGCCGCAUCCAGUGCCUCUGCGGCCGUGACGCGCCUGCUGCCAUCGUCUCGCGUGCUCGCCAGAAGCACAAGGAGGCCGAUGCUGGCGGAGGCGGCGGCAAGAAGGCGGGCUCCAAGCAAGGAGGCUCGGCGACGCAGGGCAUCCCCAAGCAGCUCGCGGAGUGGAUGCAGGCCAUCGAGAAGCGCUUGGCGCCGCCCGACAAGGAGUGGCCCAAGCCUGGCGGCACAGCGCCGUGGCGCGAGGCCGCAGACGGCGCCGACCCUGAUAAGAAGUCGCAGAGUGCCAAGCUCGGCGAGCGGAUCACGGAGCCCGAGGAGUGCUUCAAGAAGCUUCCACCCGCCGACGAGCGCAACAAGGAUCUCCGGGGUCCGAUCGAGAAGCAGAUGGAGACGCUGCGUGCGGAGAAGCGUGCGCUACUGCCCCCCCAGGCCCUCCAUCGGCGCACGCAGCAGGAUCUGCAGCGGGCGCGGAACGGCCUGGAGAAGUUGGAGAAGGAGUUGGGUGAGAAGGAGCGCCAGCUUGAUGAGCUGGCCAAGGGCAUCGCGACGCGCAAGGAGACCAUCGCAGCCAAGAAGUUGGAGGUGGCGGCGCUGGAUGCAGCGCUCAGCGAGUCGGCCAAGAACGUCACCACCGUUGCGGCCGACAUCGACCUUGUGGAGGAGGACGUGGCCGACCAGCCCGACCUCGUCGCGCUCCUCAAGUCUGAGGCAUGGGUCAAGCUCAAGUCGGCGGUCGCCAGCAAGGUGCAGAAGUGGGCCCUCUAUCACGUUCGGAGUGAAGGGGGCAUCGAUGACUUCACGUCCGCCUUCGACACCAUGUGGUCCGAGCUGGCGGCCAAGCGAGCGCGGCAUUGGUAG